CCACGAGCCCAAGUCAGAGCACAGAGACCAGGAGGCAGCAGCCAAAACAAGCCACGCUGAAGGACAAGCUUUCAGAGGAGAAGCCUUUUCUGUUCCUUCCUUUGACGGGACGCUUGGCCUGCGGUGUUGACCUUUGUAGCAAACCGCAGUGAGAGCUCAGCAUGAGGUUCGUUACCGCUCUGGCCGUGUGUUUGGUGGUGGGGGUAAGCGUGCAGGACGCAUGGAGCCACCCCAUAUCCAAAGGCAAAAAGACCCGCUACAUCACCUUCCCGGGGGACGUCCUCAAAAACCUGACUGAUUCGGAGCUGGCAGAAAAUUACCUGAAGAGGUUCGGCUACCUGAACACAGAGCACCGCAGCGGCUUCCAGUCCAUGGUGUCCACCGACAAAGCUCUGAAGAGGAUGCAGAGGCAGCUGGGGCUGGAGGAGACCGGGCAGCUGGACAGGGCCACGCUGGAGGCCAUGAAGCAGCCCCGCUGUGGGGUUCCUGAUGUGGCCAACUACCAAACCUUUGCAGGAGACCUAAAAUGGGACCACAACGACGUCACUUACAGGGUCCUUAACUAUUCCCCAGACAUGGAUAGCGCUCUGAUUGAUGACGCCUUUGCCAGAGCCUUCAAGGUGUGGAGCGACGUGUCCCCUCUGACUUUUACGCGCCUCUUUGAUGGCGAGGCCGACAUCAUGAUCUCAUUUGGAAGAGCUGAUCACGGAGACCCAUUCCCAUUUGACGGGAAGGACGGGCUGCUGGCCCACGCGUACCCCCCUGGUGAGGGACUGCAGGGAGAUGCCCACUUUGACGACGAUGAGUUCUGGACCCUGGGAAAAGGACCAGCUGUGAAGACUCGCUACGGGAACGCAAACGGCGCCAUGUGCCACUUUCCCUUCACCUUUGAGGGCACUUCCUACACGAGCUGCACCACCGAGGGCCGGACAGACAACCUGCCAUGGUGCAGCACCACAGCCAACUAUGACAAAGACAAGAUGUACGGCUUCUGCCCAAGUGAACUUCUCUACACAUUCGGGGGAAACGCUGACGGCGCCGCGUGCGUCUUCCCCUUCGUCUUUCUGGGGGAGGAAUAUGACAGCUGCACCACAGAGGGCCGCAGUGAUGGCUACCGCUGGUGUGCCACCACAAGCAGCUUUGACAAUGACCAGAAGUUUGGAUUCUGUCCCAGUCGCGACACCACUGUGACCGGCGGCAACGCUGAGGGAGAGCCCUGCCACUUCCCCUUUGUGUUCGACGGCAGGACGUACUCCUCCUGCACCAGCGAAGGGCGAGGGGACGGAAAGCUGUGGUGCAGCACCACCGAUAACUAUGAUGACGACAAGAAAUGGGGCUUCUGCCCUGACCAGGGCUACAGUCUGUUCCUGGUGGCAGCCCAUGAGUUUGGACACGCCCUUGGCCUGGAACACUCCAACAUCAGAGAAGCUCUCAUGUACCCUAUAUACAGGUACAUUGAAGGCUUCCCCCUGAAUAAAGAUGACAUCGAAGGCAUUCAGUACCUUUACGGAGGCAGAACCGGCCCCGACCCCACCCCCCCUCGGCCUCGCACCACCACCACGCCCUUCCCAGACCCUGAGACUGACCCCACAGAGGAGCCCACUAAACCAACCACUCCCACCACCACCACACGGCCUGUGGACCCAGCCCAAGACGCCUGCCAGAUGGAUAAAUUCGACACCAUCACCGUGAUUGAGGGAGAGCUGCAUUUCUUCAAGGAUGGACUUUACUGGAAGAUGCCCAGCGGCAGCAGUGAUAAAGGCGUCAUGGGACCGUUUUCUGUUUCUGAGAGGUGGCCAGCUGUGCCCGCGGUCGUUGACUCUGCUUUUGAAGACGUUCUGACCAAGAAAGUGUAUUUCUUCUCAGGGACACGCUUCUGGGUGUACACAGGAGAAAACGGUUUGGGUCCCCGCAGCAUAGAGAAGCUCGGCCUCCCGAACACUGUUCAGAAGGUGGAGGGAGCGCUGCAGAGGGGGAAAGGCAAAGUGCUGCUCUUCAGUGGAGAGAACUUCUGGAGGCUUGACGUAAAGGCUCAGAAGAUCGAUGCAGGGUACCCGCGGUUUACAGAUGUCAUGUUUGGUGGAGUCCCCAGCGACGCCCACGACGUGUUCCAGUAUAAAGGUCAAAUCUACUUCUGCCGAGACCGCUUCUACUGGCGCAUGAAUUCCCGCCGGCAGGUGGACCGCGUUGGUUACGUGAAAUAUGACCUCCUCAAGUGCUCUGAUCCUUCAAGAGUUUUCUACUGAGGACAUGGCCGCACAUGGAUGAGCUGGAAUUUGUCUGUUCUGCGGUAGCACUUGCUUCUCUAUCCUAUGCAGAUGUCUGGGAGAUUGCGAUGCAGUAUUUGUGUGUGGCGCCUGUUGUACGAUGUCUGCUUUUUCAGCUGUGAAUAACUGGCCAUAGUUGAUGUUGGCAAAUUCCAAAACAUACAGCAUUGGCCUAAUACAAGUCAGGAGGCAAGUAGGGGAAAGCCAAUUGUGAUCCUCUGCACUGCUUUAAUCUGUGAACAUAUAUAAUAUGACAUUAUGGUGACCUGACAACACAAAAACCACAACUUAAAUAUUCUCAGAGGCUGUCUGGAUCAAAUUCCAGAUUUUGCUGAACAAUUUCUUUGCGUCUGACAGGUUCAGACUUUUGACAGUAUUGGUUUAUUUUGGUAUUUAUAGCAAUAUAUAAUAUUAUUUUGUGUCUUAAGGCUUGUUUGUUUUGUGUAAUUUUGUGUACAUUUCUGAAAAUGGCUUUAAAGCUAUUUACUUGCACUGGAAGACAAAGCGUGUCUUCUUCACUGAAAUUCUAAUUUAUAAGACUGAUAUGUUUUGUAUUAGGGUUUUAAGUUUUAAUGCAAUAAACAUUCUAUGAAAUUUA